AUGUCAUCUUAUAUUGAACCAAAUGAUGUACUACUAGGGCCUACACCAGUAGCCCAACCCCAGAGAUUGAAUCGAUCAGAUCAAAAUCAUGCCAUGAAUGAAUUAUUAGACAAUGCUAAAUCAGGACCAUUAAAUUAUGAUGAAGAAGUCGGUUCUGAUGAUGAUUAUUCUAGAACUGAUAGAGAUCAGUUCAUACCCCAUCAACAAUACUUGGAUUCCCAAUUAUACCUUAAUAAUUUAGAUUCAGAGGGGAAAAGAAGAAGUAUUUCUGAAUCAUCGAUAUAUACGAAACGAUUUCCUCAAUUUAAUACCAGUGCCCGAAUAUUCAUGAUUAUUUCAAUCAUAUCUGCUGUUAUAGUCAUUUUAUUAGAAGUUUAUAUCCUUGUCAUGAUUCAUUUACAUGAGACUGAUUUUGCCGUUUCGAAAUAUACCGAAAUAUCAAUGUACGUGGCCAUAUUUGUAUUUGCUAUGAUUUUUCAAAUCCUUUUAACAUACCUUGGGAUAACCACUAAGAAUUAUCUUCUUAUAAUCAUGUUGCUAAUGUUCUAUGGAUGUAUGAUAAUCUUCUGUGGGAUUCAAUAUCAUGAACUGAGACUUACGUUGGAGAUCUAUAUGGUUAAUGAAGAUUCAAAACGAUUAAGUAUUCGAAUCAUAAAUAUCGUCAUGAUAGGGCUUACUGCGAUAUUGUUUUUGGUACAAGUAGUGAUUUUCCAAUUCCGAUUAAGGAAAAGUUUAGAAUUUUCACGAUAUUAUAAAAUCGGAGCUAAUUUAAAGAUCCGUCGAAUGUAUAAUAUAUUUCAAAUUCAUCGAUCAUUGGUUAUAUUUGAAGGGUUUUUCUUUAUUGGGUUCUUAAUUCAAUCAUUAGUUAUAAUCGAUACUAAUGUUAAUACCACUCCUAAACAAUUCAUUCUUACUGUUACUGCUUUCCCGGUAAGUUUAAUAAUUUUAAUCAUGAGUGAUUUUGCAACAUGUCGCGAAUAUCUUUAUCUAACGAUAUUUACAACAUGUGGAUUUUUACUAGGGUUAACUUUUAUAAUAUUUAAAUUCGUCCUGAUUUAUACUAAAUAUGAUAUUGCUUAUGGUGCGGACAUUAUUCCGGGAUCUUAUUUCCCAGGAAGGAUAUCAUUAACUAUAUUUGCAGUUGUUAAUAUCGUUUUGAUAUUGAUUAGCGUGAUAUUUGAAGUGUUAAGUGCUAUGAAUUAUGAUAAGGGGUUAAAAGUGAAGUUAUCAGGGUAUUAUCAUUGGAGGCGUUGGAGUAAGAAAAGAGAGGUGGGUGUUACUAAGGAUGAGAUGACUGAAGAGAUUAAAGAUGAUCAAGUAGGUGAUAAUGAGUAUAAUGAUUAUAGUGAUGAUGAAAUAUCUAUAAAUUAG